AUGAGUUCAACAUUUCCUUGUGGUUGUUCCAAAAAGUGGAUUAAAAUCACUGAUCUUGAGACUCCUUGUGUUGAAGACAAUGCAAAAUUUGCCAUAGAAGAGUUCAACAUUAAACAUAAUGGGAGCUUGAGAUACAAGAAGGUUAUUGAAGGUUGGUGUAAGGAGUUGGAUGAAAGCCACAUAAGGUAUCGUCUCCUUGUUCAAGCGAACGAUUGUCUUAGACGUCUACUCGAAUUUGAGGCUAUUGUGUUCGCACACUAUUCUGAAAAUGGAGAGACUACUAGGAUUCUUGAAUCUUUUGAGCAACGUUUCUAA